UUUUUUCUUUCUUUGCUGAAGAAAACGGACUGCUGCCCUUCACCUCUUUAAAGUAAAAUGUGGUUGCACACCAGCUAUGCCGAGCACCUGCGCAAGUUUUUCGCCUGUGAAAGAACUCGUCGGCAUAGAAAGACGGAGAAAACUGACAAAGAAGCUUUGUGUUGGACAGAAAAACAGAUUUGUCUGCCUCAGAGCGUUCCUGUGGAGAUAAUGUGUUCAUGUCGUUUUCGACUCUCACGGUCAGUAAAGGUAGCAGUUUCCAGUCUUCUGUGUUUGUGUUUCAUCACACACUGCUACCUCAACUACACAGCCACGAAACAAACGUCACACACAUCCAUCCUCGGCCCGGCACUCCAGGAUCCCAGCUGUCCCGCUGGAUUUUACAGCAAAGAGGAGCUGGAGCCUCGCCUUCGGAGGCCUCCCCAAGAUCCCCGGGCGCCGGGCGCGCAUGGCAAACCCUUUGAGUUCCACUUGGAGACUCCUGAGGACCGCCAGGUGUUGUUACAGGGGUUUAAUAAAAACCAGUUCAACCAGUUUGCAAGUGAUCACAUUUCCCUGCACCGUGAUCUGGGUGAAGACACUCGUCCUCCAGAAUGCUUGGAGCAGAGGUUUCUGCGAUGUCUCCCAAACACCAGCGUGAUCAUAGUGUUUCAUAACGAGGCCUGGUCUGCCCUGCUCAGGACUGUUUACAGCAUCUUGCACACGGCUCCCGCUGCUCUGCUCACUGAGAUCCUGCUGGUGGAUGAUGCCAGCACAGACGAUCAGCUGAAGGCUCCUCUGGAUGAAUAUGUGAAACAGCUGCAGAUAGUUCACGUUUUACGUCAGAGGGAGAGAAAAGGCCUUAUCACAGCCCGGCUGAUGGGGGCGUGGGCUGCUCGAGGGGAGGUCCUCACCUUCCUGGACUCCCACUGUGAGUGCCUCCCUGGAUGGUUGGAGCCUCUCCUGGCUCGAAUUGCAAAGGAGCCUACAGCUGUGGUGAGUCCACAGAUCACCUCCAUCGACCACAAUAACUUGAGGUUUCAUAAACCAGUGCCCAAACCUCAACGCCACAGCCGAGGAAAGUUCGACUGGAGGCUCAAAUUUGGAUGGGAGGCUGUUCCAAAAGAAGAAAUGAAGCACAGAAAGAGUGAGACGUGUCCUAUCAGAACUCCAACCUUUGCUGGUGGCCUGUUCUCUGUCUCUAAAUCCUACUUUGAGCACAUUGGAGCUUAUGACGAACAGAUGGAGUUCUGGGGAGGAGAAAAUUUGGAAAUGUCCUUCAGAGUCUGGCAGUGUGGAGGCCGUUUGGAGAUUCUUCCUUGUUCUGUAGUGGGGCAUAUUUUCCGUAAGAAAAGCCCCCACACAUUUCCAAACAGCAGCUUCGCCAUCGUCCGCAACCUGGUGCGCCUCGCCGAGGUCUGGAUGGACGACUACAAACAGGUCUUCUAUCGUACCAACAGAAUGGCUGGUUCCAUUUUUAAAAUGAACUCCUUUGGAAAUGUUUCUGAACGUCAUAAACUCAGGGAAAGAUUAAAGUGCAAGAACUUCACUUGGUAUUUAAACAAUAUUUACCCAGAAGCAUAUGUUCCUGAUAUUAAGCCAGUAAAGCAUGGGCAGUUGGAAAACACUGCUUGGCAGUGCAGACUGGAUGCUAAAAGGACAAAAAAGCAAUGGGAGCCCGGUCAGAAGGUCAAAUGUAACAACCGAGGGAAAGCACAGUAUUUUGAGUACACGUCCAAACAAGAGAUACGACUCAGUGCUGGUAUUGAGAUGUGUUUGCAUGCAGCCCAAAGACAAUCCUGGGUCACUCUGGAACGGUGCCGUUUGAAGGAGAAAACAGCACCAGGCCAAGUUUGGGUCAUAACACAGACAAACCACGUGCAGAACCCCGCUUCAGGUAAAUGUCUGACAGUGGCGGGGGCCGAUGUGAUCUUGGCGGACUGCCAAUCCACUGGAAACAUUCAAAGUUGGGUCUUCAUCUGACAAAAGGCAUGGGUUUAUGGAGGCGGCUUUUUGUUCCUGCAUCAGUCACAUGCUGUUAAAGCAGCUGGUUCCUGCAGAAAGUGUCGACUGAAGAAGAAGAAGAAGAAGAAGAUGUGGGAUGAAUCCAAUCUUUUAUCUGAGCUUAAGUCAUUUAAAGUUUGUCCAGAUCACAACUAUUUCAGGAAGGUUCAUCCAAAGUUAGAGUCUUUUUCUGACAAACUGCUCUUUGUUCUCAUGUCCCUGUGAGGAGGCUCAAACAGGGGAGUCUGUCUUUGGGAAAACAAAGAGGGUGUUUUGGAAAUUCUGGUUGCUGAACCCUCAGAUCAGCCUGGACUUUAAUUGUUAUUUUGCACAGAAACGUGGCUGUGAUCCUUGUCUCUUUAGUUUGGAGUUGCAAAAGAAAGAGUUCACAUUCCCAGGCCCAUCCCGCCUCCCGGUUGUCCGGUGGACAACCAAGGAAAAAGGACCUAGAUUAAAGUUAGUCGGUGUUCAUCAUUGUAAAAACGAAUGGGAGAAAAAAACUUGUCUUGGGAUUAAACUGACGGUUCUUUCACCCAAUAAAGAGAACCACAGUCAAAGUUUUACCCGAUCAGAACAGAGCAGGAUGGGUUGUGCCGUCUGACUGACAGCGCUGCCUUUUCUUUUCUUUCUCUGUGGGUGGGGGGUCAGCUUCCCUCAGCUCAGGUGAACACCUCCCAGGAAAGCCCUCAGCGUUUCCUGGACUAUUUUCCACCGAGGAUUACAUCGUAUUUUAUAUAUAUAUUAUAUUUCUGUUGUCACAGACGUAAACAAUUCAGGCCAAGUCAUGUGAUCGUUCAAAAUUAUAACGUGUAAUAUCUCAUAAAUUAUUGCAGCGCAAACAUCCGUUUCAACGGCACAAGCCUGCUCAAACAAAGCACUACAAAAUUCGACUAAUUUGGUUCAUUUUGGAGCGAGCGGGUGGGAGGGCGACCCCUGAAGGACACUUACAAAUAAUCUUUAAUCUAUAAAAAACCAUAGCAGCACAAACGACAAUUUCAAGUGCACAAACGCGCACAAACAAAGCACUAACCACCCAUCCAAUUUGCCUUUUUUGUCUGUGGUUCAUUUUUUUGGGAGGGGUUGCCUUCACUCAGCUAUGUCAACCCCUUCAGACGUUGACCUGUAUAAUGAGCAUCAAAUAUCUGCAGCCUAAUUUUGGCAAAAAAUCCAUAUUCAUCACACGUUGGUGGAGUGGAGGUGCAAGCAGACUGCAGCUGCACGGAGUGGGUUGGGGGGCAUCUUUUAACAAAGAUGUGUCUGCAUUUGACUUUGAUUUUCUUCUAAAAUCACAAAGUUCUCUGAGUCAGCUUCAGGUCUUUGUAAUUAAUUAUAAAUAUCUGCUAAAUUUAACUAGGUGUUUCAAUCUAACCAGGUGUUUCAAUCUAACCAGGUCUUUCAGUGCCUUUA